UUGGAAGAAAGUACGUGUAGAAGUUAAUGGUUGAUAAGCAGUAGGAAUAAGGAUAAUUUUCCUCUGUAUACCUUUUUAUGCUUUGCAAAUUCUCUGAAUAUAUAACUUUUAUAAUAGAAGAUACAUUUAAUAAAGUUACUAUGAAUAAAUUAAUUCUGUUCAUGGUUUGGGCCGUUGUAUCACCCCUUACAGUCAUUUGUCAGACUGCAUUGACAGCUACAUUUUUGAGUUGCUUUCAGCUACUUCCUACUGUCUUUGAUUAGGUCAGACCUUUGUUAUUAUUUGCCUGGGCUACUGUUGUAAGGAGGGAGCCCUGGUGGCGCAGUGAUUAAGCGCUCGGCUGCCGACUGAAAUGUCAGCGGUUCGAACCCACCAGCCACUCUGUGAGAGAAAGAUGUGGCAGUCUGCUUCUGUAAAGAUUUACAGCCUUAGAAACCCAAUGGGGCAGUUCUGCCCUUUCCUAGAGGCUCACUACAAGUCGGAAUCGACUCAGUGGCAAUGGGUUUGGUUGUUUUUUUUUGACCACUGUAAAAACCUCUGAACAAGACUUCUUUUUUUUUUUUCCUUUCUUCCCAUGUCAGUUCAUUCUCCACUGCCAGAUUCACUUCCUUGAAGGGCACAUUCUUAAAAAUUAAAUUUUAUUGGUUAAGGUUUGAACAGAUAAUAUCACGCCACAAGAUUUAAAGAAUACAGAAAUACUGUGCAGAGUAAUUUUACCUACCCCUUUGUCCCACAGCUCCCCAGCUUUCUUUCACAGAGGGAAAUAUGUUAAGAGGUUCUUAUGUAUCCUGUUGUGUGAUGAUAAAAGAAUAUUCAAGUGUGGAUGUGCUGGCCUUUACUCAAAUCUUCCGAGAAUCUCCGUUGCCUACCAGACCAAGUAUGCAGUUUUGCCUCUGUGCCUUUGUAACUUGGCUUCCCUCAUACUAUGUUUAGUGGAAUUCAACAGCCAUUUUUUCGGCACCUUAUAGGUUCUUGGUACAGGGUGCAUAUAGCAACUUUCGCCUUCAAGAACCUUACCAAAUGGGGAGAGACUGGCACGAUUUCUUCACUUUUAUCUGUUCCUCUUUCAAGAGCCAUUUCAGACACCAUCUUCUAAAAAUCAUUUCCUGAUCUUUUUCUCUUCCCACUCAGUACUGUUUUGUUUCUUCCUUGAGCCUCUCCUUAAAACCUUUUCACACUGGUUUUUCUUAUGGCCUUUAUUGUAUAGUCAUUUGUGAAUUUAUCAUCCCAUUAGAUGGUAAACUCAAUGUUUCCUACUCAAUGUUUAAGAAGCCCUGGUUGCACAGUCGUUAAGUACUCGGCUGCUAACCACAGGGUGGGCAGUUUGAACCCUCCAGCUGCUCAGCGGGAGAAAAGACCUAGCAAUUUGCUCCCGUAAAGAUUACAGCCAAGUAAACCCUAUGGGGUAGUUCUGCUCUGUCCCAUAGGGUCUCUAUGAGUCGGAAUUGACUUGAUGACACCUGACAACAACAACUCAAUGUUUAAUUCCUUAUUAAUACUUGUGAAAAAAAAUUCCAUAUAAGAAAGACCAAGAGUCCAAUAUAAAUCUCUUAUGUCCCUGACUAGACUUAAGCCCCUUAAAGGUGGGGCAUAUCUUACUCUUUAUGUAUGUCCAGUUUUUAAAGCCUUAUUUUGCUUAUACAGCAAAUAGUAGUUGCAUGGCAAUUCAGAGGUUAGUUACCUCUUGGUUUUGUUCCUUCCUACUGUCUUUCAUAAAUGCUUACACUAAAGAGAAUGUACUUACUGAACUCAUACUCAGAACUUUAUAACUUAGAACAUCUGUUGAGCAAGUUUCCUUGCUUGAGCUUCCCUCUCUAUUGGGCAUUAUCAGUAGAGUGCUCUGGGGUCUUACUUCUAGCUCCUUGAGAACAUUCUCCUGCUUUACCAGCUUGCUGACUCAUUGUCUCUGGAUGCUUUGGCCACACUGGCUGUUUCCUCCUGCCUUCAUAGGUUUUAGACAUGGAAGAAGGUUUUAACCAGAGAGAAUGAAGGGAUAAAUGUGAUGCUCUUCUACCUACUUUGACCUGAGCUUGGACUGGAGGUAGAGUAUGAUUGUGAGGGUGGAGAUUGCGACCUUCAUGACUAGUUUUAUCUGUCUGACAAUGGAAUUACUUAUUGCUAAUUAGAUUUCAUGGGCAACCAGAAGCUUAGAAGUUGGCUCUGUUUGGGUCUGAUGGACUUUUUCUCCCUUAUAAAUGGUUUUGUAUACAAUGGUCUUCAAAGAGAUAAAUUAGUCACAUAAUUAAUGACUCAUCUUUUUUGAAAAGAAGAAAAUUUUUUGGAUAAGCGGUACAUGUACUUGUUAUUUUCUUUACACCCUCAUAUCUUUUAAAUCUAAAAUGUAUUCAGUCUACCAGUAAAAGAUGAUUUCAGUUAAUCCUGGUGAUAAUAUAUAUUAAGUGAAAAAGCAGAGUACUGUGUACAAUAUGGUCCCAUUUUUAUAAAGAAAAAUAUUUAUAAAUAUAUAUACAUAGAAAAGACUGGAUAUACAUGUCCACAGAUGUUGACAAGGGCUGCUUAUAGGAUAUUUUAGGUUUUUUUUGGUAUUUUUUUCAUAUUUUCCAGGUUUUUUUCCCCUCAGUGAACAUGCAUUCUGCAAUCAGUGCAUUAAAAAAACAAGCAGAUAGGGAAAUAUAGAUUCUUGUAAAAAAACAUGUAUAUGUGCAUAGGACAUCUGUAUGGGAUUAUAAGCAUGGAGAAAAACAGAAGAAUAACGCUAGGUUGUUAACAUGGGUUACUUGGUAUGGGUAGAUGGGAAGGGAAAAAGAAGGGCAUAGCAGAGAAUUUAAUUUAUAUAUUGUUUAAGUGCUAUAGAAAAAAAAUAAGCAGGAUAAAAGAUUUAGAGGGUACUGAGAGUGAGAGAGGAAUUGCUAUUUAUAAUGGGUAUGUUUGUUUAAAAAACAAAACAAAACCAAACCAGUUGCCGUCGAGUUGGUUCUGACUCAUGGUGACCCCGUGUGUUUGUAAAGACAUUAUGUAAAGAUUGGAAAACAAAAAACAAAGGAAAAUAAAAUUGCGUGAUAAGCAAAAAUAGCUGUACCCUUCUUGAUCAGGUUGAUUUCUUUCCAGACUUUUCUUCCUCUACUCUCAUUCGUUGGAUACACUUUGGCUAUCCAUCUGUUGAUAUAGUACCCCUUCAAGCUCAAAUACUACAAAGAAAUCAUUCUUUACUGACCUUUUCUUCCACUCAAGCUAGAAGUAACCUUUCCAUGGUCUUAAUUCUUAUAGUAGUUUUCUUAAGAAGUCCAUUCCCACCAAAAAAAAAAGUUACCACGUUUUGUUGGAGGUCUGCUUGCCUGCCUGAAAGCUCUUAGUCCUAUGCCUAGCACACAUGGUAAGUCUGUGAUAAAUGGUGGUGGUUUUUACUUCUACUCUAAAAGCUCUAAGAAGGCAAUGGCCAUGACUGUCUGAUCUUUAUACUCUUCAAAGUAGCUAGUAGUGAAAGUAGAUUCUUAGAAAUUGUUGCAUAAAUGGUGUUCCUUGACUCAUAGAGACCCCAUGUGACGAAGUAGAAUUGUCUCAUAGGGUUUUCUAGGCUGUAAUCUUUGCCGAGCAGAUCACCAGGUCUUUCUCCCACAGAGCUGCUGGGUGGGUUCAAACCACCAACCUUUGGGUUAGCAGCCAAGUGCUUACCUGUUGCACCACCAGGGCCCCUGUAGUAUAUAUAGAGAAUCAUUUAAGUUUUUAGAUUAUAUGUCACUGUUUAUAUAGUGAUUUAGCAUCCAUGAAAAAGAUUACAAUAAAUAUUUUGAUUAUAUCUUUUUUCCAUUAGUACUUCAUUCAGCAGCUAGUUGAGCACCUAAUUUUGUGCAAGGUACUAGAUGAUGAAGUAUAAUAAAAAAACAAAACCAAACCCAUUGCCAUCGAGUUGAUUCUGACUCAUAGCGACCCUAUAGGACAGUGUAGAACUGCACCAUACGGUUUCCAAGGAGCACCUGGUGGAUUCAAACUGCUGACUUUUUGGUUAGCAGUUGUAGCUCUUAACCACUACGCCACCGGCGUUUCUGAAGUAUAAUAAGAUAUAGAAAAUACAUGUAGUUCUUUUUGUUAAGGUAUUAAUAAUUUGAUGGAUAGUUAUAUAGGUUACAUUUUCUUUUUUUAUCCUGUGGCAAAGUUGUUCUUGUGUGCUGUCGAGUUGAUUCCAGCUUAGAGCAAUGCUGUAGGACAGUGUAGAAAUAAUUGUCCUAUAGGGUUUCUUAGGUUGUAAUCUUUACAGAAGCAGAUCACCAGGUCUUUUCUCCCAUGGUAGCUGCUAGGUGGGUGCGGGCUGUUGACCUUUCGGUUAGCAGCCAAGCACUUAACCACUGCACCACCAGGGCUCCUUACUAGGUAAAUGAAUAAUAAUAGAUUGUUAACAUGGGUUACUUGGGUAUAAUCUUUUCAAAUAAGAUGAGGCAGAGUAGCUGGGUAUUUAGAGCUUUAGUGAAUUAGUGGUCUAUUUUCCAGGGAAAACUUCCAUGCAUCUCCUUGCUUUAAGAAAGUUAGUCUUGAAAAAUUCAUUAAAGAUAAUGUCUGAAAAACAAAUAAUACUAUCAGUUUUACAGGUGCUUUACAGCAAUUCUCAUAAGUUCUUAAAAUAAGUACGAUGUUUACCUUUGGGAACACCUCUAAAGACUAGAGAAGCUUUGUGUAUGAAAGCCACUGAUUCCAGAAGGACGUGUAGGAGAGAUGGCUGAAUCAAACGAUUACUUUAUGAAAUUGCUUUGAAAGCUGUCGGGGGAUGUGCUCAGUCAGAACUAGGAGGAGCAAGCCCAGAAGAGGAAGGCAUGGGAUGCAUGAAACGGAUCCAGGACAGAGUAUUCUCUAGAUGAUGGCGAAGGGAAACUUCAAGAUAACGGUUGUGCAUCAGCCUAGAGUCCCAAGGGGAGCAGGAAGACAGGGCUGCUGGAGAUGCUCUAAGAAAACAUUGGAGAUGAAAAAUUGCCUGGUUUAAUUUUUGUUUAAGCUGCAUCAAUGGAGCACAUACAGGGGGCCUGGAAGACGAUCAGCAAUGGUUUUGGAUUCAAAGACGCGGUGUUUGAUGGCUCCAGCUGCAUCUCCCCUACAAUAGUUCAGCAGUUUGGCUAUCAGCGCCGGGCGUCAGAUGAUGGCAAACUCACAGAUUCUUCUAAGACAAGCAAUACUAUCCGAGUUUUCUUGCCAAACAAGCAAAGAACAGUGGUCAAUGUGCGAAAUGGAAUGAGCUUGCACGACUGCCUUAUGAAAGCCCUCAAAGUGAGGGGCUUGCAACCAGAGUGCUGUGCAGUGUUCCGACUUCUCCAUGAACACAAAGGUAAAAAAGCACGUUUAGAUUGGAAUACUGAUGCUGCCUCUUUGAUUGGAGAAGAGCUUCAAGUAGAUUUCCUGGAUCAUGUUCCCCUCACAACACACAACUUUGCUCGGAAGACGUUCCUGAAGCUUGCCUUCUGUGACAUCUGUCAGAAGUUUCUGCUAAAUGGGUUUCGAUGUCAGACUUGUGGCUACAAAUUUCAUGAGCACUGUAGCACCAAAGUACCUACUAUGUGUGUGGACUGGAGUAAUAUCAGACAGCUGUUGUUAUUUCCAAAUUCCACUGUCGGUGAUAGUGGGGUCCCGGCACUACCUUCUUUGACAAUGCGUCGGAUGCGAGAGUCUGUUUCCCGGAUGCCUGUUAGUUCCCAGCACAGAUACUCCACACCCCACGCCUUCACGUUCAACACUUCCAGCCCCUCCUCAGAGGGUUCACUGUCCCAGAGGCAGAGGUCGACAUCCACGCCUAAUGUCCACAUGGUCAGCACCACCCUGCCUGUGGACAGCAGGGUGAUAGAGGAUGCAAUUCGAAGUCACAGCGAAUCAGCCUCACCUUCAGCCCUGUCCAGCAGUCCCAACAAUUUGAGCCCAACGGGCUGGUCACAGCCCAGAACCCCUGUGCCGGCACAGAGAGAGCGGGCGCCAGGAUCUGGGACCCAGGAGAAAAACAAAAUUAGGUCUCGUGGACAGAGAGAUUCAAGCUAUUACUGGGAAAUAGAAGCCAGUGAAGUGAUGCUCUCCACCCGGAUUGGGUCAGGAUCGUUUGGCACUGUUUAUAAGGGCAAGUGGCAUGGAGAUGUUGCAGUAAAGAUCCUCAAGGUUGUUGACCCAACACCUGAGCAGUUCCAGGCCUUUAGGAAUGAGGUGGCUGUCCUGCGGAAAACACGGCACGUGAACAUCUUGCUUUUCAUGGGGUACAUGACGAAGGACAACCUGGCGAUUGUGACCCAGUGGUGUGAAGGCAGCAGCCUCUAUAAACACCUGCAUGUCCAGGAGACCAAGUUUCAGAUGUUCCAGUUGAUUGAUAUUGCCCGGCAGACAGCUCAGGGAAUGGACUAUUUGCAUGCAAAGAACAUCAUCCACAGAGACAUGAAAUCCAACAAUAUAUUUCUCCACGAAGGCCUGACAGUGAAAAUUGGAGAUUUUGGUUUGGCAACGGUAAAGUCACGCUGGAGUGGUUCUCAGCAGGUUGAACAACCCACCGGCUCUAUCCUGUGGAUGGCCCCAGAGGUGAUCCGGAUGCAGGACAAUAACCCAUUCAGCUUCCAGUCUGAUGUCUAUUCCUAUGGCAUUGUAUUGUAUGAGCUGAUGACGGGGGAACUUCCUUACUCACACAUCAACAACCGGGAUCAGAUCAUCUUCAUGGUGGGUCGAGGGUAUGCCUCCCCAGAUCUUAGUAAGCUAUACAAGAACUGCCCCAAAGCAAUGAAGAGGCUUGUAGCCGACUGUGUGAAGAAAGUUAAGGAAGAAAGGCCUCUUUUCCCCCAGAUCCUGUCUUCCAUUGAGCUGCUCCAGCACUCUCUACCGAAAAUCAACCGGAGUGCUUCUGAGCCAUCCCUGCACCGGGCGGCCCACACUGAGGAUAUCAAUGCCUGCACGUUGACCACGUCCCCUAGACUGCCUGUCUUCUAGUUGGGCUUUAUACCUGCACUCAGGCCACUAGGGAAGGAAGAGAAGUCAGCAGGCACCACUUUCUGCUCCCUGUCUAUGGGGACAGAACCCAUUUUCAGAGAAGCUGCUGCUAAGGACCUUCUAGACGAUUCACAGGGCCUUAACUUCAUGUGGCCUUCUUUUCUACCCUUUCUGGCCCUGGGAGGAGGAAGCCAUUCACCGUGCUGGUUUGUCCUGCCUCCCUGUCUCCCCGCAUGCUCAUGAGCCAAGCCUUCUCCAGAUGCACAAGUGGAUGCUGAUGGCAAUACAUCAUCUGGGACCCCCCAGCUCUUGGCUAAAUGAGUAUUUUUAGGGCAAGAAAGAGUACUCAGAGGGGAAAUGAAGGUGUAGCAGGCAAUCCAGCCCAGAUGGGGGACACGUGGAUUUUGGAAAUAAGCUCCUAUGAGGAAUGCUUAUGAGAGGAAGGACUUUUCUUCAACCAUAUAGUGGCGAGGCGCCAAACAGGUAGUUUUGCACAUAAUGCACCAAACAGACCAGGACUGUCGAGACCCCCGGCCGCCUGAAGGAGCCUGCUUUGGUACUAUGGAACUUCCCUUCUUGGACACUUCCUUUUUUCACCCAGCCUGAUGUCUCCAGAUGAGGUGACUGGCCUGCCCUCCCAGUCUCCACCCUCUCAGGGAGCAGUCUUCCAACAUGGGGAGCAGUCUUCCAGGAGCUGCCCCUAUGGGGCGGGGCCCCAGAACCAGCCUUGUCUCUACAGUCACAUCAAGGGUAUGCAAGGAAGCCAAGGAUACAGGUUUUCUUGAUGAAUUGGGUUUCAAUUUUGUUUUUAUUGCGCCUGACAAGAUACAGUUACUAUACUAUGGUUCCUCAAUUAUGUUAUUUUAAUAAAAUAAAUUAAAUUUA